CCUCUCCAGGUCCCUUCACGGAGGAAGAAGCCGGGCAAAAAAAAUGGCCCUCGAUAAUUUAAUUUUCGCACAAUGCAUACUUUAUUUUUUCGCCUUUGUGUUCGGUUUCAUCGCCGUGGUGCCUCUGUCCGAAAACACGGAGGAUUUCGGGGGGAAAUGUCUGCUUUUUACGCGCGGGAUGUGGCAGAAUGAGAACAUCACCGUGUCGAAGCAAAGGUUCAUCGUGGAGGAGUGGGGACCGCAGUCGUCCUGCAGCUUCAUCACUUUUGUCGGCAUAGCCUCCCUCAUCUUGUCGGCAGUGCAGGCCUGGAGGCUGCUCUUUCUCCUGUGCAAAGGACACGACGACUCAAUCUUCAACGCCUUUCUCAACCUGCUGAUCAGCUCCCUGGUGGUCUUCACCGUCUUCUUGUCCAGCACCAUGGUCAGUGUGGGUUUCAACCUGUGGUGCGACUCCGUCACCGAGGGAGGGACCAUGCCCAGCAGCUGCGAAGACCUGCAGGACACGGAUCUAGAGCUGGGCGUGGACAAUUCUGCUUUCUAUGACCAGUUUGCUAUAGCCCAGUUUGGCUUGUGGGCUGCAUGGCUCACCUGGCUGGGCAUCGCUGUGCUGGCUUUCCUCAAGGUCUACCACAACUACAGGCAAGAAGACCUACUGGACAGUCUGAUCCAUGAGAAAGACCUGCUGCUGGGUCGCUCUUCCUCCCGUCACGGUUCUGACCUCAAAACUGGCCUCAUCUAGAACGUUAAGGCUGCGCACAUACACACGCAUAUACUUCUUACCCGUCUUGGGGAGCACAUCGUUUGCUUCUGUAGACAAUCAACACCAACUGGCGUUUCCUCCAAAACACCAUUCCUGUAAUUGUUCAUUUACCCACGAAAGUUCUUUAAUGCCAACAACCCACAGCUGUUGAGAAGCACCACAGUGUUAGCAGCUUGGACACAUUGGCUCAUUCUUUGUGAACCUUAUGCAUGACACCAAAUGCAUGGCGACCUGAUAAUAUGAUGCUGGUUUUAGAUAUGAAGGGAGCAUAUCAACAUCUUGUUUUAUACACCAAUAAAUGUAUUCUGAAGGUAAGAA